AUGUCGUACUGUAGAGCUUUUGUGGUGUUUGCUGCGAUCUUUUUGCAGAGUGUUCUCGUGUAUUCAUGCUCAGUGGUUCAAUCAUCUUUCUACGUCACCCAUCUCGUCAACAGAGGAAUCCCAAAGCUCCAAGUAGGUUUGAUCGGGAUGGUUCCUGGCGUUGGCUUCAUUUGUAGCACCUUUUUUGAUGGCACGGGCUACUUCCUUCAUACCAGGAAGAUGUCCUUGAGAAUAGCUCAGUGCAUGUUUAUGGCUAUAGUCAUAGUAAACUGUGUUGUUAUGGGACUCGUCGAGUUGCUCCCGACAGACUACAACCAACUUUUGGCUGCUAUUCUGAUUAUUCAACGUACCCUUCACGGUUUUCUGGCUUUUCUAACCAGUAAAUUGACGUUGGAAUGCUGCAGAGCAUGGUUUCCUGACCACUUCAAUCUUACAAAUGGGCUCCAGUGUAGUGGUAUGUACUUUGGAGGAUCUCUGGCAAUUCUCAUGGGAGGGUACGUCUACGAAGCUUAUGGCUAUCAGAUGCCUUACGUGUUCACUGGAAUAAUUUGCCUCCUAUUUUGGUUAUACAAUUUAAUUUGCAUGCCAAAAAACUCAGAUCCAGUGAUAGUUAAAGUUAAAGAGGUAGGGGACACUAUUGAAGCUCCGUGGUCCAAAGAAGAAAGGUUAACUGAAGCUGCAAACCCCGGUAAUGUCCCUGAAAUGUCCGAGGACGUAGCUUCAUCCCUGAACCUGUCCUGGCGUGUUGCCAUCCCUGUCGCUGCUAUGAUUCUCACGGUAGUGCUUGAAGGUUUCACGGCCGCCAUAACCACUCCUUACCUGAAAGAUAUCUACGAUAUACCCAUUAGUCGUGGAAGCAGUUACGUGUUCGUGCAGUACAUUGGAUUGAUGAUAGGGGCUGCUAGUUCCGGCUCAAUGUUGCAACUAGGGUGGUUUUCUGCUAGCAAAGUCACAGCAGGAGGGUCAAUUCUCUGUGUUUUAGGCGUGAUGCUUGUCUUCCCAGGCGAGGGUAUCUACUUCCUCUAUAAAGAAGUUCCAAAUAUAGCUUAUCUCGGGAUAUUCCUCCAAGGGUACGGAAGCCAAAUGAUUGGGGUAGCCACCCUUCCAGCACUCGAAGAGACACAUGUAGUAUUAGGUGGAAGACCCUACACAAGCAAAAACAAGUCCACUGCAGCUUCUAUCUGGCUAAGUUCAUGGAUGAUGUCCGUUUAUGGAGGACACUUAGUGGCCUUGAUGGUGAUGGAGCUCAUGAGCUUCAGUAACGGUGGAUGGAUGCUAGCAGUAUUCAGCUCAGUAUCUGUAUUUAUGAGCAUUGCUCAGGAUAUUGCCAUCUGGAGAGCUAAAGCUGCGUUGAAGCGAGCUGAAGUUAAAGUGAGUGUAAUAAAGGUUAACAAAUUAUCUAGAGAAGGAGUCAAGAAUCUAUCUGUGCAAGAUAUGGACUGCUAGCAGGAAGGACUAAUUUCACCUCUGACACUAUUACUUUAAUAGAGGACACUGAACAUGGAACUAUUAUUAGAGUUUAAAUUUAUUGGUGGUCCAUAUCACAUAUGGUACGGGGUAUUGUGUUAGAACUAAAAGGAUUUUAAUGAUUAUAACCAUUUAAUGAGAU